AUGACUGCCCACGUGGACAUGGCUACACCAUACGUCGAAGGACAUCGCUUCACCAGACUUGAGACGUGGAACCAUCAACCUGGGCUAUGGAUCGUGACGAUCUUGUCUUUUGCCUACGCCUUUAUCACUUUGUUGAUCCGCUAUUCGAUCAGACGCAAGCUUACUAGGGCGGACUAUGUUCUCUGGGCUGGCUUUGCUCUUGCCCUCGUCAGUUAUGCUCUCAUGCUUAAUGCUUUAAGGCACGGCGCCGGCCAAGCGCCGGAAGCGCUAUCAGAUGGAUCAUUCGCAACGAGUGCCAAGCUCGUGUCUGCAAGCAUUACUUUUCUCCUACUUGCCUGUGGCUGCACUACUUCCUCGCAGCUCUGUCAACUGGAAGAGCUGGUGCCCGGUACCACUGACAAAAUGCUGUGCUGGAUGGGCAUCGCGAUUUGCAUCUUCUGCUCUAUCUCGACACCGAUCUCCGUGUCUGCUGGGUGCUCAUCGUCUAAAGUUCUGAGUGCUGGGUCGGACCAAUGCUCUGGUGCUACUCUUCGAUGGACCAUUGCUAUGGCUCUCCUAAUUAUCAACUUCCUGGUACCCGCACUUCUACCAUUCCGAUUGUUCAGACUUCUACACACCAAGCUUCAGCGCAAGGCAGGAGUAUAUCUGGCAUUUGGAUUCCCACUUCUAUGUGUGUCAAUCGCGGCACUGACUGUGUAUCUGUACACUCGCUUUGUUCGCGACGGCCAGAGCGGUACUGGCGCAGUUGACUUCCUAUGCUGUCUGCAGGUACUCCUGGGAUGGGCCUUGAUCGCUCCAACGAUUCCCAUCGGCAAAGCUCUGGCCAUUAGGUUCACAACGCACGGUACAAUGGUCCUUAGUCAUUACGGGAGCAGUAAUGAUGGAACAGUCGCCGGCGGAGCCCGCAUCGGGGCCCAAAAUCAUGGCCCACAUCGGCCUUCCCAUUGGAAUGAUUACGAGUUCAAUCCAGAUCGCUUUAUGCAUACUUCUUCGAUCAGACACGAGCCACAUGACCAGAUAGCAAAGCUGUCAGGGUCGUUGGAUUAUGGCAUUCGCAAGACUGUGGAGACAGAAGUCGAGUCUGCGAGAGUGACGGACUUCAUAAUGCGCCAGCAGAUCUGA